AUGUUUAACGGAAACGGACCGGAAAUGAUGGAUGAAAAUCGUGCGAAUCCUUGUAAGACGUGUUGUUACUUUGCUUGGAAAUUAAUAACCUGCAUAUUUUCCCACAUCAUUUUAGUAUCGUUGGUCGUCGCUUAUUGCAUACUCGGUGCUUUUACUUUCGAAUCACUCGAAUCCGGACACGAAAUACAAGUUAAAAGCGAAGUGUCGGCAUUUCGAGCAGCCGUUUCCAACAGACUGUGGAACAUGACGAAAAAUGUCGAAGUAUUACGACAGGAAAAUUGGACGAAAGAAGUCAAAGAAUAUUUAAAAGAAUUCGAAACGGAUUUAUUGACGGCGAUGAAAAAAGAAGGUUGGGAUGGUACGGAAGAUGAAGAAGUCACACAAUGGACAUUUGCCGGAGCAUUAUUUUAUUCCAUAAUUGUCAUAACGACGAUCGGUAAGUUUAUUAUUAUUAUUAUUAUUAUUAUUUUACAAUCGGGAAGAGAGAGAG